AUGGCGGGCCAGGAGACAGAGCUGCAGGAGCAGCAGCUCCUCUGGGAUGUGCCCAUGUGCGUCUCCCUGCCCAUUGACAUCCUCAGCCCAGAUCAGGCCUUCCCAUUCCUGGACACCACCCUCGCCGGCCUGGGCAUUGAAGAGUCAGCAGUCAAGGAGCGAGUGGUAUGGGUGGACUCCAAGCGCACCCAGGUGAGAACCAAGUCGGGCAAGGUGAAGGAGAAGGAGAUCACCCUGCUGGAGGUCCGUGUGAAGGCCAAGCACCCGGGGGACAACAAGAGCCAGGAGGUCCUCUACAGCACAGAGUCCCACACAGAUCGCUCCUUCACCCGCAGCGGCGUGGACAUCACACCCUGGAGACACACUCACACAGACAAAGAGCCAGCGCUGAAGGAGAAUGAAUUUGCGCCAGUGGAGAUGACUCUGCCCUUGAACAUCGACGCCCUCUCCCAGGCAAAGACCCAGGACAGCAACAGCAAGCUUCCCGUGGAGGAAUGAAGCAGCAAGAGUUGAAAAGCACAAGUCAAUAGCUUUAGUUUGGCUUCAAGAUCUUUAACAGGCAGACCUUACCCACUGAAGUGACAGCAGGUGUUUGUGCUCUAGUGCAAGGGCUUAAAGGCAGCGUUACUUCACUCUGCUUAAUGUGCCAAUAAAGACUUUAAGUGUAGACCAUUAUCAGGAUUUAAGGGCCUAGUUCUGAAUGCUUCUGUUUCUUGUGUGAAGAUGUUCAGACAGGCUGUCAGUAGUAUUUUCAGGGUCCCCACCCAUUUUCAUUGACAUUUCAAAACUUUUCCAUGACUUCUCAAAGACCCUUAAUGAAAUGUCCAAUUCCACAAAACUGUACUUUACCCCACAGGUUAAGGGCCUGAGUACUGAAAGAAAAUGGUGGGUAAAGGUUUUUUACUUCUCAAAUAGGCUAGUUAGCCUAUGUCAAUUCAGGUGGAAACUAUCAGACUGCAGAUAUCCACACAAUCAACCAUUCUCCAUAGAAGACUACAAUAACAUAGGUAAUUGUCAUUAGACCUACAUACUACCAAAUCAAAUUUCAUUUCAAACUUUCAAUGGAUUUGCAGCCUUUCAUGAGUUUUCCAGGGCUGGAAAAUGGGAUUUUAAAAUCCCAUGACUCUUCCAGGAUUUCCAUGUCCGUGGGAACCCUGUAUUUUAUGA